UUCUUCUUCUUCUUCCUGGCUGGAGUCUGGGGAGAGAGAGAGAAUGUACAAGCGCAAGUUGCAGGAGGAGUGCCAGGCAAGGAAAAUGGGGACUGCCGAGCUACUCCACGAUCAGAGACGGACCGGAGCACAGGCCUCGCUUCCGGCCCUCCGUCUCCGUCGACGGCCAGUCCUUUGACUCUCCCGCGGCCUGCGAUACCUCCAGACGCGCCCAGGACGAAGCUGCCAAGCUCGCUUUCCUUUCCCUCUCUCCUUCGCCUCAUACUCCAAAUUCGAAGAACCAAUGCGAGAGCCAGCUGCAGAAUUAUACUCAGCGGAGAAAUCUCGGUUUGCCUGUAUAUUCCCGCACAAGUCAUGGACCCCCUCAUGCCCGUCGAUUUCGGGCCAUGGCUGUAGUCGAUGGAUGUACAUUUGAAAGCCCUCGAUACUUCAACACUUUGAAGGAAGCGGAGCACGCGGCUGCGAAGAUUGCUCUGAUGUCAUUAUCGGCUGAUAGAUUUCAGGAGGAGCUAGCACAAAGAGACGGUUUACCCAUGCCAGUUUAUACGGCUACAAGGACCAGUUCACCUCGCGGUCCGAUGUUUGUAUCGUCUGUUGAUAUAGGAGGAGGGUCAUUUCUUGGGGAAGAAGGGAACUCCAAGAAGCAAGCGGAGAUGAAAGCUGCGCGAGUUGCUUAUUCCAUUCUGACAGAGAGAAUCGGCGAUUUUUCAACCAAAGCAGGAGACUCUGAGCCCGAGGCCGCAACCGUCACUGCAGGGAUCGACUCAUCUACUUGAGGAAUGCACUUAGAGAAAACGGCUGAAGGUGGAAGUACUUCCGUCUCGUCCAAAGCACAACUUGACCAUUCGGCCAUCCCCUUUGUAGAGUCGAGCUUUCCGGAUAUUGCAUUUCCUGAAGCCAUCACCGUGUUACCGAUAAGCGACGACAAAUGGGUUGCUGCGAGCUUGGAAUUCCCAAAUGACUAAGGCUGUUAGUUUUGUGCAGCUUCCCGAUGAUUUUCUUCGAUGACAUCGGACGGACAUAGAUAACGGUUCAGCAUCUAUAUCACUAACUAGCUCGUUAUACCUAAAGCGAUCAUUGUCAGA